AUGAGAACUCGACCACUGCUUUCCGCUCUAUCAAUCGCUUUAGGCGUAUCUGCAUUAUCUCACUCUAGUGUUGACAAUGCAGGAUCUAAUCCUUUGGACUUGAAAGAGCGAACUGUCGCGGAGAACGUGACAAAAAUUUGGACGCUGGAAAACAGCCAGAUUACUCUCAACUUCGCUACCGCUAUCAGUGGCUUUGCGUUGGCCAUUGCCGGAUCAUCGCAGCUACCAGCUCCGGAAGCAGCGGUUGUACUAUCCAGGCCGAGGUCGUGA